UUGGGAAGUCUUGAAUAAGAAGGCACAAUGGCACAUGGAAAGACAUUUUGAACAAAUAGGUCGCGAGGCAGCGGCGCGGAGAAAUUCCAUGGGGCAACAAGCUCAAGAAGCGCUCCGACGCCAGCGCCGUCCCGUCCUCGAAUGCCGGAGCUUUUGGAAGGCGGGCUCCUUCGACGUCAACACUGCCGCUUCCUCUUCCACUCUCGGAGGGGAUUUAGAUUCGUCGGAUUUUGAGCGGGCACGAGUUCAUCCAAAGUUCUUGCACACCAAUGCGACGUCGCAUAAGUGGGCGUUUGGAGCCGUUGCUGAGCUACUUGACAAUGCUGUUGAUGAGAUCUGCAAUGGUGCAACUUUUGUGAUUGUGGAUAAGGUUAACAAUCCGAGAGAUGAUAGUCCUAUGCUGGUUAUUCAAGAUGAUGGAGGGGGUAUGGACCCAGAAGGCAUUCGGCGAUGCAUGAGCUUGGGGUUCUCAUCCAAGGGGUCAAAGAAAACCAUUGGGCAAUACGGAAAUGGCUUCAAGACAAGCACAAUGCGUUUAGGUGCUGAUGCAAUUGUAUUCACUAGGGCAAAUCGUGGGAGUUCUGUGACGCAAAGCAUCGGUUUGCUAUCAUAUACAUAUUUAAGAAGAACAAUGAAGGAUGACAUUAUUGUCCCUACGGUCCAUUUUGAGAUUCUAGAUGGUCAGGCAAUACCAUUACCUUUCGGAUCACAGGAUAAUUGGGACAGUAACUUAAAGACAAUUCUUGACUGGUCUCCUUUUUCCACUAGGGAGGAGCUUAUGCUCCAGUUUGAGGAUGUAGGGUCUCAUGGAACCCAAGUUUUAAUUUAUAACCUGUGGAUGGAUGAUGAUGAUCUCCUGGAAUUGGAUUUUAAUGAUGAUGAUGAGGACAUAGUAUUGAGGGAUCAUGCUAACUAUGCUGGCCUUUCAAAAUCUCAUAAGGAAAUUGUCCAUUCACAUAUAUCAUAUACGUUUAGGUGUUCAUUGCGGGCAUACAUUUCAAUACUUUAUCUCCGAAAGUUUCCUAAAUUCCAGAUUAUAUUAAGAGGGAAACCUGUUGAACAGCUCAAUAUUGCUGACGAGUUAAAGUUUCGCAAAGUUUUGACUUAUAAACCUCAAGUCAUUACAGGUUCAGAAAAUGCCUCGGUGAAGAUAACCAUGGGCUUUGCGAAGGAAGCUCCUAUUCUGGGUAUUUUUGGUUUCAAUGUGUAUCAUAAAAACCGUCUCAUCAUGCCGUUCUGGAAAGUUCUGCAAGAGGGUUCUAGUCGUGGGAGGAAUGUUUUAGGAGUCCUUGAGGCGAAUUUUAUUGAGCCAGCCCAUGAUAAACAGGAUUUUGAGAGAACACCUUUAUUCCUUCGUCUGGAAACAAAACUUAGACAGAUUGUCCUUGAUUAUUGGAAAGAGAAUUGCUAUCUGAUUGGAUAUCAAUCUCGAAAUCCAGAGAUACGAAACAAGCAGAAACAGUCUGGUAAAUUUCCUCAUGAACCUGCAGCAAAUGUGGCAAAGGAACUGCCACAUAGUGAAUCGAUUAUAGGGCUCUCUGCAAAUGCACAGAGAGAAUUCCAAGUGGCAGAAUUAGCCAGUUUGCAGCCAAUGGAUUUGCAUGGGGCAACUGCUGACCAUGUUGCUGAGCUUGCUGCUGUUAGUGGUUCAAGCCCAAUUCCUUCUGGAAAAGCUCGUGCUCCACUUAUCGCAUACCAUUCUGACGAAUGUGAAGAAAUGGUACCUGCAGAUGUCCUGGAUUCUAGUCUUAUCGAGAAGAUUAGUGAAGAAAACCUGGAGUUGUUCGUCAGGCGAGGAGAGCUUCAGAGUAACUACGAAAAGUUAAAAAAGACGAUUGAGGAGUUAGAGCAAGAACUUGCACUAUGGAAAAGAAAACUUUCUCGGCUCACUGUAGAAGUGGAGAAUCAAAGGAACCAACAGUCCAUCCUUAAGCAGUGAAGUAUCACUGCUCAAACUUGCUUCUGCUUAAUUUUGGAUGCCAAUAACUUCUUGCCAAUGUAAAUACCGAGUGCUAGAAAGGUUGGUAUCACAUCUUUCCUUGAAUUCAUCCAUAUAAGUUAAUUAUCUUCUUUUUCCCCAACUCUUUUUGGCUUUUUAUUAGUAAGAAGCCAGUUUGAAGGCUUCCUUAUGCACAUGUGAAACUGAUCUCAAGUUUAUAGUCCUGAAUAAAAUACCUACAAGGCAUCUC